AUGAGUAAUAGGAAACCUAACAAACAACAAAAGUCAGGUUUAAGUAAGAAGGAAGAGGCGAAGAAGCAGAAGGAAUUAGAAGAAUUCAACAAAGAACUCGAAGAUACUGUUGCAUUCGUUCUUUGCCAUCCAUUUGCUUGCACAAUGUCUCCAAUUAACGGAGAAUUACCACCAUGCUUAUUCCCAUUAUGUAAUGCACCAGUUUUGCUAUAUGUUCUUAACUGGUUGAACUCAAAUGGUCUCGAAAAAAUUUAUAUUCUUUGCAGAACCAACGAUAAAGAACAAAUACAGAAAGUUACAUCCUUGUGUUCAUCAAGAAUGUUGAUCCAAGGCAUUGAAAUUGUUGAUACAAUGGAACCAGCCAAUAAUGUUGGUGAUUGCAUGAGAAUUAUUGAUAAGUGGAACCAACAGUACAACGCAUUCAAGCACUGUGUUGUUGUUCCAGGUACUUUAGUUACCAAUGUUCCUCUAAAGACCGUUAUUCAUAGACACAUUAAUGAUAUUAUUGUAGCCAAAGAGAAAAAGGACGAGAUGCAGCUUGUCGCAACUUGUGUAUUCACACAAGGCAACUACAAUACCUAUAAUGUCAUGGAAAGCGAGCAACACUCGAUUUUACAAAUUGGCUCAACAGCUGAAUUUGAAUUCAACUUUGGCAGGUCACCACUGCAAAUCAAUCUUACCAAGGGCUUUUUCAAGAAGGUAUCGCGUUACCAUAUUCUUACAAAUCUUCAUGAUGCUCAUGUUUACGUCUGCACAGCCCAGAUGUUCCCAGAUUUCGGUGAACAAUUCGACUGGAAGAAUUUCUGCGACGAUUGCAUCCCAACACAGAUCGAUGUUAUGGAAUUAACAAAGCAUGUUACUCAUAUCUUUUACUGCAAGGAAUCAUUCGCCAAAACAAUCGACGAUCUUCCAGACUACAUCGAUACAUCACUCGCCAUGCUUCACCGUUGGCUCUAUCCUCUUACAGUUGAAAUGAAUUUCUUCCCACCAUACGAAACAAAGUCCGCAAUGGACGAUGACUUCCCUAUGGAUGAAGAAGAAGAGAUGGAGGAUAAGUUUAUCAAGAAGAUCAGCUCAGAUCUCCAAGAUAACGAAGAUCUUGCAAGAUUCCUUCAAGAACCAGAAAACAUCGAAUCUACCGCAUACAGAAUUAAACGCGACCUUGUCUACCUCUACGAAAACGUCUUCCCAAGCCUUUCCGCCAAAGUUGGUCCAUUGGUCGUAAUCGGAAACAACACGAAAGUCGGCGACAACACAAUAAUUAAGAACUCUGUCAUCGGUGCUAACUGUACGAUCGGUAAAAACGUCAAAAUUGAGAACUCAAUUAUUUGGGAUGACGUUGUCAUUGGCGAUAACGUCAAAAUUGAUCAGUCAUUGAUUGCCUCCAAGUGUGUUCUCAGCGACGGCAUCACCAUCGACUACGGUUGCAUCAUCAGUUUCGGAUGCACUGUCAAACGCGACAUUCCUGAGUGCCGCCGCUUGACAACCUUCCAGGAAUUGCUUCCUGAUGGUCUUUUCCCAACAGAAGAGACAGACGUCACUCUUCCACCGGAUGUUCCAAGUUGGCUUGGCAAAUUCUGCGAGCAAAAGUUCGAAGAUCCAAUUGAUUUGGGCGAAGACGAGAACUACACUGUCACAGAGUUCUUCCCGACACCAAUGCACGAGAUUCCUCUUCUCAGAAUGGCCCAGGCGAGAGACAAACUUCCAAUUGAGCCAGAAGACAUUUUGCAGGCUUCUUAUCCGGAAGAAGAGGAAGAUCAGUUCGAAAACGAAGAAGAAGAUGUCGAAAACGAUGGAGAAGAUAACGAAAACGAGAAUGAGAAAUGCGAUGUUCCUAUCAACGAAGAAUUCCUCAAACUCGCACAGGAACUCAUCAACCAAGCAAUCACAAAAGACGGCGGACUUGACAACGUCAAAACAGAACUCGGCAGCCUCAAGAUGAAGGAAGGAGCAAUAGAAUUGGACUGCGCAGUUGCAUUGAUCAUUGCUGCAAUUGACAUGUCUAAUGCAAAUGAAGAAGAUGACUUGCAGUCUGCUUUGGAUAAGUUCGAGGACUUGCUCUUCAAGUACUUGGAGACAAGCGAGAACCAGGCAGAUGUUCUCUACUGGUGGCAGUGGUACUGCGCUGUCGAUUACAGCAACAGAAAGGAACUCUUCGUAGAAGUUGUGAAGAAACUCGUAGAAGAUGACGUUGUACAAGAGGACGCAUACGCAGACUGGAGAGAUGGACAGGAUGAUUCUACUCCAACACAGCGCAAAUUAUAUGAUUCUUACAUCGAAUCAUCGGAAUAA